AAGGCCUGGACACACCUGUCAUACAGCCUUCCGAUCCGACUACGGUCAUACAGCGGGACGACUGUAUGAUAUGGGAAUAAACAAUGGUUUGGAAUGCAGUAGGUCUCACCUGUCCGACACGCGACCCGUCCUACUCCCACCCGUCUCCGAUUCCGGUAUCCCGUCAUGCUCCGACAUUGCAGACCAUUCGUUUACUUGAUGCGGGAAGGUUGUCGGUGGCAGUUUUUGUGUUAAAUUCAGUGAAAUGGCGGGUAUAAAAGCGGAGGAGCUUAUUGAAACUGUCCGAAUGUUUCCAGCUCUCUAUGAUCAGGCACAAGAGCAAUAUAGAAACUCGGAGUACAAGGACAUUAUGUGGAAAAAAGUUGCGAAGAAACUAAAUGUAAAAGGUCAAGAGGAGGAAUGUAAAAAGAAGUGGAACGGAAUUCGUGACAGUCUGCGAAGAGCGAGACAAAAACGGAAAACCAAAUCUGGACAGGCGGCUAUAUCUUCAAAUAAAUACAAAUUUGAGACCAUUCUUGAAUUUCUGAUUCCUCACCUCGCCGAGCGGAAAGGUAUAGGUAACGUUCCUGAUGAAGCGGAAGAAAAUAAUGAAACCCAACCCACUGAUGACCCCCAAAUGCAGAACCUAAACAAUGAUAUAAAUGCAGAUAUAAAUGAGUAUGUCUCUGAUGGGACUGCAGAAUCCGAGUCGUUGCUACCACCUAGAACUCCAUCAGCUAGUCGAGUUUCUAUCGACAACAGGACUCCAUCUGCAAAACGCAAAAGAAAGCUCCCACAUACCGAAAUGAAACCUGGAGAAUCUGCAUCAUCUCAGCUAAUGGCAUAUUUAUUGGCUGAGAAAGAAGCUGAGAAGAAAAAAAAACCUAGUGACAAUGACGAACAGCAUCCCGUUGAUGUAUUUUUGUCUGGAAUUGCUGCAUCUCUGAAAUCACUGGAUCCUCUGCGCUUACAUUCUGCCAAAGGGAAGAUCUUUAAUAUUGUUCAAGAGUAUGAACUAGAGCAGCUUCGUGAAAAUAACAACCGAAAAACUGCUAUGGUUGUUACAAGGAAUGUGUCCUCUGACACAACAUCUUUCACACUGUCAGAAGAAGAAGGAUCGUGUUUAGAUGGACAUCUUUCGAGUGGUGUACCACAAACAUCAUCAUCUCCUGCUGUCAAUGCUGACACGUACACCAACGUAACAUUUUUUCAACUUUAAUAAAUCUAUGUUUUGAUGUAACUAUGUAAUUACAUAUUAAUAAAUUCUCUUUUGAAAAAUUCCUUGUGUCUACUAUGCUCUAAUUCCAGUAAAAAGCAGUAAUGUAUUGUCCCUGUACCAAUGAUUCUUGCUUUGCCGCAAUAUAGUUCUUUGUUGAUUUAAAGGAAAAAGCACUUUCAAAAAAGUAAAAUACACUUAGGUGUGAAGGGGAUUAGCAAGCAUUUUACAUCCCUAUAGUUUAUAGUUUGUUACGGCUGAACCAUUUUUUAUGAAGAUUUACUCACACACUAUGAUUGUAAUUAAUUUUAUUUUAUGACAAUAUCUUGAUG